AUGACUAAGAGAACCAAGAAGGCCGGUAUCGUCGGCAAAUACGGCACCCGAUAUGGUGCUAGUUUGAGGAAGCAAAUUAAGAAGAUGGAAGUCAGUCAGCACAGUAAAUUCUUCUGCGAAUUUUGCGGAAAGUAUGCUGUUAAGAGGAAGGCUGUUGGCAUUUGGGGUUGCAAAGAUUGUGGAAAGGUCAAGGCUGGUGGUGCUUACACUUUGAAUACUGCCAGUGCUGUGACUGUUAGGAGCACCAUCAGAAGGUUGAGGGAGCAGACCGAGAGUUAG